UUUCCUCCUUUCCCUUUAGAGAAAAUCCAAGAUCACAGCCUCGCGCAAACUCUUGCUGAAGAGUUUGAUGCUGGCCAAAGCGAAGGAAGAAUGGGAUCAAGAGCAAGUGGACAAGCUGUCAGAGAAGGACAGGUACCUGGCCGAGCGGAUCACACCCCUGAGUACCAGCGGGCUGUCCCUGAGCCAGCUCCAGGACCUGUGCAGGGAACUGCAUGAAAAGAUCGACAUCGUGGAUGAGGAGAGAUACGACAUCGAAGCAAAAUGCCACCACAACACCAGAGAGAUUAAAGACCUGAAACUGAAAGUGCUCGACCUCCGUGGCAAGUUCAAGCGCCCUCCGCUGCGGCGUGUCCGUGUGUCUGCUGAUGCCAUGUUGAGGGCUUUGCUUGGCUCCAAGCACAAAGUCUCCAUGGACCUGAGAGCCAAUCUGAAAUCUGUCAAGAAGGAGGACACAGAGAAGGAACGUCCAGUGGAAGUGGGUGACUGGCGUAAGAACGUGGAGGCCAUGUCUGGCAUGGAGGGUAGGAAGAAGAUGUUUGAUGCUGCCAAGUCUCCAACAGGCCAGUGAGAGGUGCUUCCUGGAAGGACGAAGAUCUCCCUCCACCCCUGCCUCCUAUCACCUGCAGCUUUGUUCCCUGCUGGCCUAUUCCAGCAAUGGCCUUCGAACCAACCCAUUUGUGAAAAUCUCCUUUGAAAAGAUAAUCCAGUCCUGUGUUUCUGUCACUCCCUGCCCCACAGCCGUCCCCAGUCCCAGCAGUGGCAGUAGCCACUGCCUCACUUGAUACAGUGAAAUAAUUGCUCCAGUCUGGCACUAUAGCAGAGGACUGCCAUUGCCUCCUGAAGGUCCUGGCUUGCUAUAUCCACCCAAUGGAGUGACGUGAGCAUGUAUUUGUAGGGAGUCCAAGAAGGUAUUGACAUUGUGGCCCAAAGUGCCAAUCAUAUUAAAUACUAAGGGUGAGUGUCCAGACAACCAUCCUGCUCAUGUCCUGUGCCAUACAGAAUGGAAAUGCCUAUGCCAUGUGCUGACGGUUACAUGGAGGCAGGUUGUCUGAGUUUCUUAGUCUUGUACCCAACUCAAAUGUUGCUAGAUGUGUUUGUCCUGUCCUUCUCCACCAGCUAUGGCAGACAGCACUGGGAGGUCCUGCUCUCACCACCCAGCUCUGACAUGUCCAGUUUGUGAGAUGUGACUGCUGUGUCUGUACGGUUAUUAAAAGACUGUCCUUAGAA